GUGCGUGGAUUUCCUUGGCCACUCGGAGUGGAGCGGUGGGGUUGGGCCAUAAACAGGCUGUGGCUAGGAAGGCGGGGGAGGGGGCGUUCGCUCCUCUGGGACCUCUCAUGCUUCGGUUUCCGUUUAGGUAUGUUUGGUCGGACGUGGGGUCUCGGCAGCCGGCUUGAGCCCACUCCCUCGUGCGCGGGGAAAGUAGCUCCUGUGGAAAGCGGUUAAAGUUGUGUGGGGGUGCGAGCGGGAGUCCUCCCCCUUGCCCGGCGAAUGGUGCGGCCCUGAGCUGGUCCUGGAGCCCACCCGACGUCGCUGAGCGAGGCCCCGGAGGGGGCUGGCAGAACGCGGGAUCAGUAAAGAGACGUGGGGAAGAUUCGAUUUCGAGAAGAGGAAGAGCCCGAGUGGAAGGGAGCGAGGCCGCUGAGGGGGAAGGGGCUGCCAAGAUGGCGUCGGCCUCCUCUGGGCCGUCGACGGUGGGGUUUUCAUCUAUUGAUCCCGGAGUCCCUUCCGGCACCUCGUCCUCAGGUUUCAACUUUCUGUGCUGUGGGGUCAACCGUAAGAGAGCAUCCGGAAUCAGAAGACCUGUGGCAUCUGAGGUGCCUUGUGCCUCUGGCGUCAAGAAAAUAGGCCAUCGAGGUGUGGAUUCCUCAGGAGAGACGACAUAUAAAAAGACAACCUCAUCAGCCUUGAAAGGUGCCAUCCAAUUGGGCAUUACUCACACCGUAGGAAGCCUGAGUACCAAACCUGAGAGGGAUGUCCUCAUGCAAGACUUCUACGUGGUAGAGAGUAUCUUCUUCCCCAGCGAAGGUAGCAACUUGACCCCCGCUCAUCACUACAAUGACUUCCGUUUCAAGACCUAUGCCCCUGUUGCCUUCCGCUACUUUCGGGAGCUAUUUGGCAUCCGGCCUGAUGACUACUUGUACUCCCUCUGCAGUGAACCACUAAUUGAACUCUGCAACUCCGGAGCUAGUGGUUCCCUCUUCUAUGUGUCCAGUGAUGAUGAAUUCAUCAUUAAGACGGUGCAGCAUAAAGAGGCAGAGUUUCUGCAGAAGCUGCUUCCAGGAUACUACAUGAACCUCAACCAGAACCCUCGGACUUUGCUGCCUAAGUUCUAUGGACUAUACUGUGUGCAAGCAGGUGGCAAGAACAUUCGAAUUGUGGUAAUGAACAAUCUCUUACCACGGUCGGUCAAGAUGCACAUGAAAUAUGACCUCAAGGGCUCAACCUACAAACGGCGAGCUUCCCAAAAAGAGCGAGAUAAGCCUCUCCCCACCUUUAAAGACCUGGACUUUCUACAAGACAUCCCUGAUGGUCUUUUUUUAGAUGCUGACAUGUAUAAUGCUCUGUGUAAGACCCUGCAGCGUGACUGUUUGGUACUGCAGAGCUUCAAGAUAAUGGACUAUAGCCUCUUGAUGUCAAUUCACAACAUUGAUCACGCACAACGAGAACCCAUAAGCAGUGAAGCACAAUAUUCACUCGACUCUCGCAGACCAGCCCCGCAAAAGGCUCUCUAUUCCACAGCCAUGGAGUCCAUCCAGGGCGAGGCUCGACGGGGUGGCACCAUGGAGACCGAUGACCAGGAAUAAUAAAGGAGAGCGGCUCCUGCUUUAUAUUGGCAUCAUUGACAUUCUCCAGUCUUACAGGUUUGUUAAAAAGUUGGAACAUUCUUGGAAAGCGCUGGUACACGACGGGGACACCGUAUCAGUGCAUCGCCCAGGCUUCUAUGCUGAACGGUUCCAGCGCUUCAUGUGUAACACAGUGUUCAAGAAGAUCCCCUUGAAGCCUUCUCCUUCCAAAAAGUUUCGGUCUGGCUCGUCUUUCUCUCGGCGAGCAGGCCCCAGCGGCAACUCCUGCAUUACUUACCAGCCAUCGGUCUCUGGGGAGCACAAGGCACAAGUGACAACAAAGGCGGAAGUGGAGCCAGACGUCCACCUCGGUCGUCCCGAUGUUUUACCUCAGACUCCACCUUUGGAGGAAGUCAUUGAGGGCUCGGCUCUUCCUGACCCCAGUUUCUCACCUGUAGUUGGAGAGACUUUGCAAAUGCUAACUACAAGUGUGGACAAUAGUGAGUAUAUGCGGAAUGGGGACUUCUUACCUACCCGGCUGCAGGCCCAGCAGGAUGCCGUCAACAUAGUGUGUCACUCAAAGACCCGCAGCAACCCGGAGAACAACGUGGGCCUCAUCACACUAGCCAAUGACUGUGAAGUGCUGACCACGCUCACCCCUGACACCGGCCGCAUCUUGUCCAAGCUCCACACUGUCCAGCCCAAGGGCAAGAUCACCUUUUGCACUGGCAUCCGUGUGGCCCACCUGGCUCUGAAGCACCGGCAGGGCAAGAACCACAAGAUGCGCAUCAUCGCGUUCGUGGGGAGCCCCGUGGAGGACAACGAGAAGGACCUGGUGAAACUGGCCAAACGCCUUAAGAAGGAGAAAGUAAAUGUUGACAUCAUCAACUUUGGGGAAGAGGAGGUGAACACGGAAAAGCUGACAGCCUUUGUAAACACACUGAACGGCAAAGAUGGAACUGGUUCUCAUCUGGUGACAGUGCCUCCUGGGCCCAGCUUGGCCGAUGCCCUCAUCAGCUCUCCGAUUCUGGCUGGCGAGGGCGGUGCCAUGCUGGGUCUUGGUGCUAGUGAUUUUGAAUUUGGAGUGGAUCCCAGUGCUGAUCCUGAGCUGGCCCUGGCCCUUCGCGUCUCCAUGGAGGAGCAGCGGCAGCGACAGGAGGAGGACGCUGCCUCUGCUGCCGAAGCCGGGAUUGCUCCAGCUGGGGCUGAAGACUCAGACGACGCCCUUCUGAAGAUGACUAUCAGCCAGCAGGAGUUCAGCCGCGCAGGGCUCCCUGACCUGAGCAGUAUGACUGAGGAGGAACAGAUUGCCUAUGCCAUGCAGAUGUCCCUGCAGGGAGCAGAGUUCGGCCAGGCAGAAUCAGCAGAUCUUGAUGCCAGCUCAGCCAUGGACACAUCUGAGCCAGCCAAGGAGGAGGAUGAUUAUGACGUGAUGCAGGACCCGGAGUUCCUUCAGAGUGUCCUAGAGAACCUUCCAGGUGUGGAUCCCAACAAUGAAGCCAUUCGAAAUGCCAUGGGCUCUUUGGCCUCCCAGGCCACGAAGGAUGGCAAGAAAGACAAGAAGGAGGAGGACAAGAAGUGACACUGAGGGAAAGGGUAGCUGAGCCUGCUCAGGGGACUGUGUGGGGGCAGGGGGAUAUAGAGUUAGGUACGUUAUCUGUAACCAGGACAACCGAAUAAAGCUUCACAACUUUUUUUCCUUUUUGCUUCAA